AUGGGAUGGAUUGUUAUUGUUAUGAUUGUGUUGUGUUCGUCCGAGCCGUUCGUCAAAAGGAAAACUCCUUUCAAUGUGUGCUGCAUUCAUAUCAAGUCGAUCAUUUUUUACUGGAUUGUGUGUGGCGCCUUCUUCGCAUGCGAUAGUAUGGGAGCAAGCGUAAUCGGUUACUGCUACUUCAAAAUGAUGUCGCUCUCAAUGAUGUUCUAUUAUAUUGCACGCGACUGGAUGAAAAGCACUGAGAACAAGGGCAAACAGCGCAUCUCGAAGAUCUGGGCAGCGAACAGUCGCGUAGAACACACCAGCAUGUCAAGCGACACGACGUGUCAAACUACCGAAUGCCGGGAGACCACACUCGAUGCUCUCAAAACAGUUCCAAAUGAAUCUCACUAUCACUGUGGCCUCAGCACUGCGAAUUUGAAUCGCACGCAAUAUAUCACAGCGAUAACGAAAAGUAGCACUUUGACGAGCGAGGAGGAAACGGGUACGGCAAGAAAAGAACGCUCUGGAACACUGAAGACUGCAGCCGGCUUCACCUCCUUGUCGACGAGUGUUUGGUCCUCAAGCGAUUUCGAAGGAUUAGCAACUUAUCCCGAAUCGCAGGAUUUAUUCCAAAAUGCAGAGGUAAUUUCAGCGGUGCAUGAAGACCUUAGUGUGUUUCUUUCCUACAUGAUCAAGUCACCUCGUAUCCCGUGCGAACACAUUCAGAUGUAUAGUUUCCUGGCCAACAUCUCUCCGAAGUAG